AUGAUCAUGCCAUUUGUGGAAUGGAUGAUUUUCCUAUGCUUAAUCUUAAUUUUGGUGAAUGCUGGAAAAGGACACGAAUGUACCACGAUAAUAAAGAACAUGGAGUACUCAUGUUCUGGGAGAAAUUUGACUCAUAUUCCCAGCAGUCUUCCCUUCACUGUGACGUCUCUGGAUUUCAGUUUCAAUUUCUUGAGCUCUUUACAUAAGUGUGUAUUUCCUGUAUUGUUGAAUUUAGAAGUCUUGGAUCUCACAAGAUGCCACAUCAAGCACAUUGAAAAUGAUACUUUCUACAAUGUGAAGAAUUUGACUACUUUGAUUCUCACUGGAAACCCUAUUACAUACUUUGGACCUGGAUGCUUGAAUUCUUUACAUAAUCUACAAAGACUAGUUCUUGUGGAUGCUGGUCUCUCAUCCUUACAGCUUCAAAUGAAUAACCUAACCAAGCUGCAGGAAGGAGCUUUCGGGACAAAUAACAUCCAAAAGUAUUUGAGGUAUUUGGAUGUUUCUUAUUCAAGUAUCAUCUUUGUUAACAUAUAUUGCUUUUAUGGGCUGAGUAAUCUUAAAAUUCUUAAAAUGGCCGGCAAUAAUUUUCAGGGUGAUGUAGCAAGAUAUUUAUUUAAUAAUCUCACUUUUCUAGAGCACCUUGACAUGUCGUAUGGUCGUGUGGUAGAGUUACAUCCAAGCUCGUUCAAAAAUCUUCAAAGGCUUAGACUUUUGAAUCUCAGAGGUAACCAUUUAAUGACUAUAGAUUUUCUGGCCCUCCCAAACCUGAAACAAUUAACAUCCCUUUAUGUCGAUAAAAACAGCAUUACUAGCAUCCCACUUCAUGUUCUCCAAAAUUUGCCCACAAACCUUUCAGAUUUUGAUUUGUCCUCUAACCCCAUCGAUUGCUCCUGCUCCCAGACAGAUUUUAUUUGGUGGAUUAUCCACAAUCAGAACGUUUUGAAGCAACCAGAAAACAUUUUCUGUAAAACCUUCUCACCAAGUUCAGAUUUUAGAGCAACAGACUUUGACAUUGACAGCUGUGUGCACAAGAAAAGACUCACAAUGGUUUUAUCGGUAUGUUUUGUUACAGUAGUAGUUCUUUUAUCACUCUUGGUUUAUAGGUUCCAGUUUUAUCUUCAGUAUUGCUGUAUUUUACUGAGAGGCUACAGAUCACCUGGACAACAAGAAUGUUCCUAUGAUGCAUUUGUGAUUUUCUCCAGCUAUGAUGAAGUCUGGGUCAUGAAUGAACUGAUGGAGAAUCUGGAGAACAGUGUUCCACCUAUUCAGCUUUGCCUUCAUAUGCGGGACUUUCAAGCAGGGAAGUCCAUCGCCUCCAACAUUAUCGAUGAAGGAAUAAUGGGCAGUCGUAAAAUCAUUGUGGUCGUGUCUCAACACUUCAUUGAUAGUGCCUGGUGUCGAUUUGAGUUUGAAUUAGCUCAGUCUCGCUUUAUGAUGGAGCGCAAUGCCAACAUCAUCAUCAUCAUUCUGGAAGAUGUGGAAGAGAGGAAGUCUAAGAAAGUGUUUGGACUUCAUAAGCAUCUGAAAAAGAACACAUACCUAAAAUGGAGCAGAGACCCUUUGAGUAACAUGAGAUUCUGGAUACGCCUCAGGAAAGCUAUUAUUGCCACAAACCACUAAUUUUACAUAUAUUGCAUAUAUGUUUUAAAUAAAUAAACU